CCCAAGGUUGCAAAGAGCAAGCGUGUAUUCGCGGAGAUGAGAAUCAUGCCGUUAGCUAUUCCAUGAUUGUAUAUACGCGAAAGUAUCACAGCACUUGGACACACAACAAGAGAAGAAAGUGCGAUGAUUCGCUGAGAGAAAUUCCUCACUACUUUGUGCCCUCGCAGUGAACAUUCUUGUCAUCAUCGCAUCCACACAUAAUUGCACAUGCCAAUAGAGACUAACACCGUAGUGGCAUGACAUUUACGAGUUUCAUUCAUUGUCAUAUUAGUAGGUAGCAGGUAGAACUUAUACGCAGAUGUUACGAUCUCUGGUGUGCUGUUUAGCAAAAAGUGAGCAACCCAAUCCCGUUUCUCCGAGCAGAUAGUGUUCUUAUUCUCGCUCUCAGAUAGCCAUCAGUUCGUUUUCUUCAAAGCCCAUCAGUCAGUCGAUGUAAAAAGGUUUGAUGGUGCAGAAAUAUGUAUGAAAAGUGAAAAAAUCGACUUUUUCUCCUCGGGAUCAAAAGGGAAAAAGUAGAAGGAUAUACACACAAAAGAAGAUAAAAUAUCCAUUUCAUGUGAUAGGUAUUAGAUAUUUUGGGUUUUCCUUUAGUGCAAAAGUGAAUCAAUUUUGUAGUAGGCACGGUGCAAUAAAAAUUUGCAGCAAGAAGAAAUUUACGUGGGAUACAGAUCUCGUGAGGAAGUUGUGAGCCUGCACAGUGAUAAAAAAGUGUUGAGUGUAAAAAAGAAAGGAAGAUAGCAAGUAACGAAACGUGUGUGGAAUAUCGAUUUCGUAUAUCGUCACAAGAACCUCCGCUGAGCAUUAGGAUACAGGAACAACAUUUGCAUCUUUCCGCCCUGGAAACUAAGACUGCAAGGACUGGAAAAUGUUUACGGGUACACUCCGUUUGAAAGUCUGCGAAGCCUGUGGUCUGCGACCGACGGAUUUUCAAACGCGACAUGCGAUGACUUUUGGCAGACUGGGCGAUCAACUCAUCGAUCCGUAUGUCUCGAUAGAUGUUGACGAAAAAUUCAUAGACCGAUCCACAACAAAACAGCGCACAUUCGAUCCAGUGUGGAAUGAAAGCUUCAUACACGAGGUGGAAAGUGCCAACGCGCUUGGCAUGACGAUAUUCCAUGAAGGUCCCAUAACGGACGUUUUUGUGGCCAACACGACAAUUCCUUUCGAAGAUUUGAUGUCACGGAACGAAACCGACCAGCAAGACUUUUGGGUGGAUUUGGAACCACAAGGCCGAUUGCACGUCAAAAUCGAUUUACGAUGGAACCAGGAAGCCAACAGUGUAGCAUCACAACAGCAAAAUUCAUGCCGUCGCACUGGCGUCAAGGAUCAGCCCUUCUUGAAUCGACGGCGCGGUGCCAUGAGAAGGCGCGUCCAUCAGGUCAAUGGUCACAAAUUUAUGGCCACGUUUUUACGUCAGCCAACGUUCUGUUCUCACUGUCGGGAAUUUAUAUGGGGAGUAAUAGGCAAGCAAGGCUAUCAGUGUCAAGUUUGCACAUGUGUGGUUCACAAAAGGUGCCACAGUUCAGUCGUUACAAAAUGCCCAAAGAAAAAGGAUGAGCAGGCUAAGCCUACGCCGCAGGACGCGGCCCAGCGCUUCAAUGUAAAUAUACCACAUAGGUUUUCAGUGCACUCUUUCAAGCGGUUGACAUUCUGCGACCACUGCGGCUCGCUGCUGUACGGCAUCAUUAGACAGGGUCUUAAGUGCGAAGUGUGUAGCAUGAACAUUCACCGGCGCUGCGAGGGCAACGUGGCCAACAACUGUGGCAUUAACACCAAGCAGCUGGCCGAGUUGCUCAACGAGAUGGGCAUCACCAUGGAUAAAACACCACCACGUAGAUCUAAGUAUAUGAAUCAAACGCCUAGUGAUAAUUCCUCCAUCUCGGAACGUAGCGAGGACAGUUCGUUGGAUUCGCUCUCGACCAAGAGCAGCCAGGAUACUGACAGUCAACAAUUGCUGCUGGGCGCACAUCAUGGGGGUGGUCGGGCCACCUCCAGCCAACAGUCAAAGCCAUCCGGUGGCACGUCUCAGGAAGACGACAGCAAUCGAUCGGCGAGCGGGGGUCUGACGGUGGGCAAGACGUGCCUAAAUGAUUUCAACUUCAUCAAAGUGCUGGGCAAAGGCUCCUUCGGCAAGGUUAUGCUAGCCGAGAAGAAAGGUACCGACGAGGUUUACGCCAUCAAGGUGCUGAAAAAGGAUGUAAUCCUGCAGGACGACGACGUGGACUGUACGAUGACUGAAAAGCGAAUUUUGGCGCUGGCAGCCAAGCAUCCGUUUUUAACUGCGCUGCAUUCUUGCUUCCAAACCCCCGAUCGAUUGUUUUUCGUAAUGGAGUACGUUAACGGUGGCGAUCUGAUGUUCCAAAUUCAGAGAGCACGUAAAUUUGACGAACCUCGGGCGGCGUUUUAUGCAGCGGAGGUGACGCUUGCGCUACAAUUUCUGCACCGCAACGGGGUGAUAUAUCGAGACCUAAAGUUGGACAACAUCUUACUCGAUGCAGAAGGUCACUGUAAACUCGCUGACUUCGGCAUGUGUAAAGAGGGCAUCACUGGAGAUAAUUUGACCUCCACUUUCUGUGGUACACCGGAUUACAUUGCUCCGGAAAUUCUUCAGGAACUUGAUUAUGGGCCGUCAGUGGAUUGGUGGGCUCUUGGAGUACUUAUGUACGAAAUGAUGGCCGGUGCUCCACCAUUUGAGGCGGACAACGAAGAUGAUUUAUUUGAGGCGAUAUUACGGGAUGAUGUUCUUUAUCCUGUUUGGCUAUCUCGAGAAGCAGUAUCGAUUCUGAAAGGAUUCAUGACAAAAAAUGCAGCGAAACGGUUAGGCUGCACGGAUGGCGAAAAUCAAAUUCGUGCCCACCCAUUCUUUAAGGAUAUGGACUGGGAGGCACUGGAACAACGGAAAGUACGACCACCAUUCCGGCCCCGAGUGCGGAGUGCCCGUGAUGCUCUCAACUUUGACACCGAGUUCACCAAAGAAGACCCAGUAUUAACCCCAGUGCCGAAAGAUAUAAUUCGCUGUAUCAAUCAGGAAGAAUUCGCAGGCUUUUCAUUUGUGAAUUCCGAGUUUGGCCCGGAACGUAGGAUUGUUUGUUAAAAGGCGGAUUUCGCUUAGUGCACAACACAUUGAAUAUUGCGAACGUACCGCUAUAAAGUGAUAAAACCAAAGAGUAAAAAACACAAACCAACAGGCACGUGCAACAAACACAGUGGGACGUCGUUCCUUCCACGGGAGCGCGUGAAUGUAGUUUAAGCUAGUUUUAUAGUAACGGAUGAGUCCUAAUUUUAUUACAAACGUACGAGUGGAAAACGCAAGGCCUCCGGUCCUGCAAUACUUGUCGAGUUGUUUGGACAUAUACCCGACAAUUUACACAUGAGAUUCAUAGUUCGGAAAGGCGCUGAAGGAAGCGUAGAGAUUCAAAAGGAAAAGGAGCCUGAUAGUUUCAGUAGUUUUAAUAGUUAACGCUGAAGCAUUAUGAAUGCUAACCUUUCGUUGACGAAUUUGUUACUUCUCGGUAUUGAAUUAGUUGCCAUAAAUCGAGCUUCUCGAUUUUAAUUAUUAAUUUAUUUAUUCUGUUUUUAGAUUUGUUUACUCGAGAUAGCUUUAUUAACAAUUGACGCUUAAGCAAGCCAUCAAAGUGCAAUAUUUGAUUGUUAAUUAGUGCUUUUAGUUAAUUCAUGUGAUCAGGUUAAAAUAAUAGAAUCUUCAAAGGUUUAAAAUGAACUAGUAGUUAUAAAUUAUAUGUUGACCUCUGUCAAUGAGUGCAAUUUUUACCAGUCAAAAUUUUAUGCCAUUUCAGCAAGCAGACGAGAUUUUAAGGGGCGAAACAACUUCAGCGUAUUGGUGAAUUGGCAUAUAUGAUAAAGAUUCCUCUGCGACCCUUUGAAUAAACUUUGAAAGUAUAAGUUCAAAUGCCAUAUUUGUCAAUUGUAUUACACCUUAGUAUCGCUUUACUAAACACAAACGAAGCUAUGGGCAACGUUUCGCUUUUGAAGUUACCUGUCUCUGCCGUGAGCGUGGAUGCCUGCAGCAGAAUAUUUGGUUCCUAACCAUUUCUAUUUGAACGAAUGGCAUCAGAAACAAGACAGCUGCGCUCAACUAUCAAAUCGCGAUUUAUACUAGUCAUUAGAGUACUUUUGUUUCAGAUUGAAGUUUAUAUUCUAAGAUUUUUUAUCAAAUUUACGUUUGUAAGAAUGUAUUGUUAUGAACCUAUCGAAACAGAAAGAAUCUAGUUAAUCGUGUCGUUCAGAUGCAAAUGCGGAUCAUUUGUGUCGAAAAAGAGCAAUCUGUUUAGAUGCUCCCUGUUCUUGGAAUAAUCAUUUACUAGAUAUAAAUACCGGAUACCCACAACAGUAUCUGUUGUCUAGAGUGGGACUAGUUUUUCGACUAUUCUCUGCUAAGGGCACUGUGGAGAAAUGGGGAUAAAAGAAAGUUGCUGUAUCUCUCUGUACCGAAGAAUAAUAGCUUGCGAUCAGGGUAGGAGACAUCUUGACGGUCGAGUGCGUAUAUUUGAAAUUUCGAAAGAAAAUGAUUAAUAAGCAAAAAAUGUUCGCUUGAAGACACUCUUACGGUUGUUAUUUAUUGAUAAGAUGCACAUAACAGUCCCACCUACAUAGGACUACCUCUGCAAAUCGGACUGUUGGGCAAAUCAUGGUAGUAUAUGAAACCUGUCAAAAUCCUCUAGCGGACAAUGAGCUGAUAGCAUUCUAAGAUGAAUUUUAAGACAAAAAUCAACCAGAUUUCUGUUUCAACAGACUAGCAUGUGUCAGUACAUCGAUUAUGUUGCUUCAGUUUCUCGAGUGCCAUCCAGAGAUCUUAACCACUGUUCGAGAAAUCAACAAACCGGUCGAAUGAGGUCACACAUCCCAACCAACUAGUCAGAGAUUCGAGCUUUUAACAUCGAUUACGCAUUAUUGUACCCAUUGACGUAAAAAUCACCAAAAGAAGGAAAGGAUGGAGCGAGAACAUCACUUUUGUUUUCAUCAAGUGAAUUCCCAUGGCUAAAACUCUUUAAAUUUUAAUCAAUACACUCUCUGUGUUCAUUUCCAACACAAUCCACCAUUUCAUCCAACAGUGAUCCACAAAUGAAUUGAGAAUCGACACUUCGAUCUGUAUUUCUAAACGAGUGCUAACAGCGGCAUGUGGUCAUUAAUAAUUAUAAUAUCUUUUUUUACUUCUACUCGGUUCGUCCCGCGAGACAAAAUUUUCAAAAUCGGAUGAAUUAGCAACUGUUUGCUAAGUAAACACCGGUCCUUGGGAGGAGGACUAAAUUUUGCGCCUGUUUGUCUCGAAGUGUGUAACGUCAAGUCCUCUAUUUUGUCUAGUCCACUGUAUCAAGCUCAUAACAACGCGUGUUAAAUCGUCAGUGAUGCACUUCGCAUUAAUUCCGCUCCUGUCUUGUUCCUGAUCUGCUCUUGGGUCCCCUAGGUCUGAAGCGGAUCAAUCGACUAUUAACUAAUUCAGAGAGAUAAUCGUAAUGUCUACGAAUACUAAUUUCCCUGUAACUAUCUAUUCUGGAGUUAUUAUGUUAAUGAUCAUUUUAUUUUAAAAACAAAAACAAUUUAAGAUUUUAAUUGUUAGAACUAAGUCAUAGAGAACAGACAUCCAGUUUCGAACAAACAAUUUAAAAUGCUUGUUUUGUCAUUUGAACAAAUAUUUGCUAGACCAUUACUACCACCAUACUGGCAUAUCCCAUAAUUAUAACGAUCACUUGGGUAUCAAUUCAGUAACACUCACGCACUAAACGGCACAACGGAAUCACCUUUGGUGGUAACCUCUCGAUUACCUUUGGAUGUGUCUUUUAAGCUUGAGAUGAAUGUCUGUUCUCUGUGCCGAAAUUGAUGUUGCUUCUCAGUUUUGCACGACCCAGGGGGAACUUGGCCUUGAUCCCACUGCUCUAUCAUCGAUGUUUCGUGAUAUUCAUUAUGGAAUAUAGUUUGUUUGGGGCCAUUCAUAAACAAUGUCUCGAAGAAAAAAGUCUAAAAAUUGUUGGUUUUAUUAAGCCCGCUCCAAAUUUUUAGUUUUUCUCUUGGUAAUUCAUGGCUUUUCCACAACUGUCAAUACGCCAUUUAUGAACGGCCAUUAGUGAUAUCUUUAGAGCAGACAAUCCAAUGAAAAAUAGGAUAAAUAGGAAAUAGGAGGACAGUCGAAAGAGAACCCCCUCCCACACCCCCGUUACCUCUCGAGCGAACGUGCCUGGCGAAAUUCUGCCCCGGUUUUCAGCAGUAAUAAAUAAUUUCUGCAAACUCUACCAGAAAGUUUAUCGUGAGAAUUCGAUCGUCGCCUUUUUUCGUAUUUACACACACAAGCAGGCUUGUUAUUUGCUCACACAAUGUGCCACAAAGAGCGAAAUACACCGAUUAAAAAUGGAGCAUCACAAAAACACUGCGAUGUGCAGAACGACCGCACAAAGAGCAACUUGAAAACGAAAAAGAGUAAGAUCUGUGCACCAAGAGCUGCACAAUUUCGUUCAAAGAGUCACCUUGAAGAGCCACUUUUUUUGUGCCUCCCCUCACCGGAAGCAGAUAGGAAGGCGAAUCAAACUACAAUUCAGAUAAAGUUUGAUAGGAAGAACGUUUUAAAAAUGUUUUUUGUUGCCUUCUCUACUUACAUACGCGUGGGACCAAGAUGCACACUAAAGAGCCUCUUUAUUUCUACUCUUUGUGGUAUGCAGCCAUAGAGUAGAAUACACUUGUGGAAACAACACACUUCGAAGUGAAGAGGUUUAUUGUGAAACAGAAGAGCGGUGGUUCGCAUGAAAAGUGCAAAGAGCUUUUGCUAUUCUUCUCUUUAUUUGCUCUGAGGUGCAUAACAUCCCUGCACACAAGGUUCUCGCAACACCACAAUCAGUGAAGUUUUCAAGCUGUAGGUUGUGAAAUACCUUGAGAAAUACUCAUUAGAUCGGAUAAGACGAAAUAUGUUUAGAUCAUCUACGUAGGACUGUAGAGAAACCGGCAGCACUAAAUACCCAUCUUUGACGUAAAACAAAAACCGCAAAGGCCCCAAGUUGCUUCCCUGGGCUAUUCAUGGCGUAACGUGAAUAUGGGUGCCUGACAAUCUGCAAUGAUAACCACUACUUACUUUUCGAUCUGUGAGCUAGAAUCGAAACACCUACAAAAACUACCGUUGAUUCCAAUUUUCUCCAUUUUUGCGAUUGUUAUAUUAUUAAUAGCUCCCAAAGUUUGGCCCACAAUUGGAACCGGUUUGAUUUGUUCUUACAAUUUUCUCUGUUUUUCAAUGUUAUAACAACAUGACUAGUUAGUAAUAAGAAAUAUGAAUUUCGUUCUUCUAACAAUAUUUAAAACAAAAUUCAAUUGUCUCCUUGUAUUUAUUAACUGCCAUCUAUCUUUUAAAUUUCACAUGUAAAACAUAAACGCGACGAAAUUUAAACAAAGAUACAAAGGUGAAUCGGUGUGGCGAAUCAACACGUCAUAGCUGGCAGAAUUAUAGCAGACCUCUGUAAUUGAACAGGUAACAGCUGUUGAGUAUAAGUAUGAUCAAAAAAUGAUUCCCAGCAUUUCUACUCCAGACCACUCUGAGACUCUUUUCCAUAUUUGAGCCAAGUCAGUCAAGUGUGUUUAAAUUACUUAAAAAAAAUAGGUAUGAUUCAAAAUAUAUGGAAAAGAAGAUUUCGGAUGGUUGGAAUUCUUUAAUUUUGUUCGCUUUCAUUUCUGCGAGUAAUACAAAUAAUGGUUUUUUGUAAUAAAUAUUGUCUUUUUACACGAAUUGAUAGUGAGGUAAAUAUUUGUUAUAUAUUCCAACUGACGUUUAGAGCAUUCGUUUAUUGUGACCGGUACAGUGAGGCGUAGAAAGUGAACGGGAUGCAUAUUAAGUAAUAAUAACAGUAUUGGUGUUUCGAAGACAGCCAUUAACAUGCUCACUAUUCAAUAUCAUAAGUGUUCAAGCAAAGUUUAUCACAUUGCUUUCAAAACGAAACAUCAAAAUUUAUCGAAUCUAUCAGUAUGAUCGGCACAAUUAAUUUCAAUGCCAGUAAUAUAAAACAGUCGGAAGCGCGCCUCAAAUCGGUUCGGCAAUUUCCCAAUAGCUGUGUAGUCAGUAUAUUUAGAGACUGAUAUCUCAGUAAAGUGAGAUUUGUUGCUUUUCGGUAAAAUAUUUUCCGUGUUACUGAGAUCUCAGCAAAAAUAAUUGUUUACUGUAAUCUCAGCUGUUAAGAUUUCGACAAAAGAUUCGAAAAAAGCUGAGAUUCGGCAUAAAAAAUUAAGUGUGUUGAAGAUACCGAAUGCACAUUGCCGUGAUGCAUAAUAUUCAUUAGCUGCCGUCAUUUGGCCAUAAACUGAGAUUUGGAAUUUAGCAAGAAAAAAACCGAAUUUUAAAUUAUUUUAUUUUAACAACACGAAAAUGUUCUGUUUGCGUGAAGCAAAAAUUGAGAACACACCACAAUACAAGAAUAGGGACCAUUCAUAAAUUACGUAACGCAAAAAUUGCCCAGAAUUGACUUCCCCCUCCCCCCAUGUAACAAAUUGUCACAAAUUUCUUUAUCCCCCCCUCCCCUAUUACGUAACGAAUUCCUUGAAAAAAAAUUUUUUACUGGGGGAAAACAUAUUACGUAACGAUCUAGCUUACUCCCCCUCCCCCUAUGUCACAAUACACUCAAGUUUUUUUUUACGCGGUUUUUUUUUGCGCGGUAUUUUUUUACGCGGUUUUUUUACGCGGUUUUCAUUUACGCGGAUUUUGAAAUUUACGCGGUUUUCAUUUACGCGGUUUUUGAAAUUUACGCGGUUUUCAUUUACGCGGUUUUUGAAAUUUACGCGGUUUUCAUUUACGCGGAUUUUGGAAUUUACGCGGUACCCAUCAAUGAGGUUCCCUUUAUCGCGGAUUGUUAAAUUUAAGUGGUCUUCAUUUACGCGGAUUUUGAAAUUUACGCGGUUUUCAUUUACGCGGAUUUUGAAAUUUACGCGGUUUUCAUUUACGCGGAUUUUGAAAUUUACGCGGUUUUCAUUUACGCGGAUUUUGAAAUUUACGCGGUUUUCAUUUACGCGGAUUUUGAAAUUUACGCGGUUUUCAUUUACGCGGUUUUCAUUUACGCGGCUCGUAUCCCCCGCGUAAAAAAAACCUGAGUGUAUAUAACAACUUGUCGAACCCCCUCCCCCCCUAAAAGCGUUACGUAAUUUAUGAAUGGUCCCAUAGUUACGUAAAUAUUUACGCUACUAAAUGUCCGAGGUUCUUCAACUAUCGUUUUUAAACUUCUUUUUUUGGGAUUUCACGAACGUUUUGUCGUGAUUUUCGCUUGGAGCUUUAACAUAAUUGUUAUGGGAUCCAUGAUGACUGAUCGCGCUGGAUCUUAAUAUUGCCGGUUUCCCAAAGGUUUUUCUUAGUGCCUAUAGCUUGCAGCGAAUCAGAGCUAUGGUUCACUUGGGCAACAAAGUAUUUACACAGGUGUCAACACUUUUCGCGGAUUUUACAGCACCUUCACCACUCUAUAAGCUACAUGGAUCGAGAAACUGAUAGCGGGAUCACGGGUCUUCGGAGAGAAAGAUAUAUACACUAUUUCGGUAUCGAACUAAUCUGCGGGUUUCGCGGUUGUUGCCUUUUGCUUGCUUCCCGUUGGAUUCUUUAUUAGUACUGAUUUUGCUUACAUUAUUAGGAUACACAAUGAUACUUUACAUUUAGAUUAGGGUGGCUCAAACAUACGAUUUAAAAAUACACUCAAGAAUUAGGACAAAAUACAUUUAGGUUGAAUUCAGAAAAUUUAAAGAAUUUUGCGCAAACAUUCCGGCCACCUUGAAACAGUUGUUUCAACGAAUCUUCAUCAUCUCGACGAUCACCGAUUCCUCCUUGGCAAUGAGUAAAACCACAUAUAUACUGUUGUAGAUGAUUAUAUCGUUGCACCAGGAACACACGGACGGUAGUACAGCUGAUAGCUUUUUCCUUUCCUAUUGAGCAUCGAGCAGUUGGAAUGCUGCUCUACAUGGGGUGUUGGAGGGUGCUUUCAGAGAAAUUGUUGUAUCGAAGACUUGGAGGCGAUUCCAUUGGUGAAUAGUAGGUUAUGACAUUUUCUCGGUGAGGGAGGAUUGAAAAGCAUUUCGUGGUUGCAAAGGACA